AUGGCCCCCAACCCCUCCACCACAGACGACUCGCACCAAAAGCUACUAGACCUGCUCGACAUGGCCCGCAUCCCACGUCCCUUCCGCAACCCACACUGGAAACCCUCCGCUCGCCGCAACAAGAACGUGAAACAGAUCAUCUCCGAAACCUCACGCAAAGAAGCCUCCGUGCUUGCCAGCCAGAACAACUCCGGCUCCUCCACCCCUUUCGUCUCCGUGCCACCAGCUGUAACCCCAGCUAUCACAGAGAACGGCAACGGCCAUUCCAACACCAACGGAACUCUAACCCCGAUCCUCCCCGCCUCUGCGAAUCCGGCAGGCACACCGUCACGGCCGCAAAACAUUGCUCAGGCGGCACAGAGCUUGUCAACACUGGUGUUGGAGAAGAAUUUCCGUUCCCUGGUGCAAAUGGGGAAUGGAAUGGGGCCUGCGGUGACGUAUACAAAUAUUGAGUCUGCGCCGUCAUUACACCCGUCGUCUCAGAAGAGGUAUUGUGAUAUUACGGGGCUGCCGGCUCCAUACACGGAUCCGAAGACGCGCCUGCGGUAUCAUGAUAAAGAGGUUUUUGGGGUGGUAAGGUCGUUGGGGCAGGGGGUCGCGGAAAGUUAUCUGGAGGCGAGAGGAGCGCAUGUUGUGCUGAAGUAA